AUGACUGGCAACGACGGCAAGAUACCCGAUGGCAAAACACUCGAUAACAAAACCUCCUUGUCCGGCGACUCAGCUACGGCCAAACCCCUUCAUCCGGUGUACACCGUCACCAAUAUACAACACAAGGUUCGCGUCCUUGACGGAACCAAAGUCACUUACACAUCGUGGGUGAAACUGUUCAUGCUUCAUGCGAAAGGCUAUGAAGUGUUGCAUCAUAUUGAUGGUACAGACCCGCCUGCAUCGACAGACCCGGAAUACACCGCUUGGGCCAAGAUUGACUCCAUCGUAUUACAAUGGAUCUACGGAACAUUGUUCGAUGACCUACUAGUUCGUAUCCUUGAAUCCGACUCCACUGCUAGAGCCACUUGGGUUCGUCUUCAAGGUGUGUUUCUCAACAACAAAGGGUCAAGAGUAGCAACAUUAGAACAAGCUUUCACAAACCAUAAGUUAUCGGCUUGUUCUUCUAUGGCUGAAUAUUGCUCCAAACUCAAAGAAAUUGGUGAACAGUUGAAGGACGUUGACCAACCGGUACCGGACUCUCGUCUUGUGCUUUAG